GGAGCUAGUGAAGUGACUAGUGAAUAGGAUCUAUAAAUAGUUAACGUUCAGACAUAUGUUCCUCUAUUCUAAAUGUUACGGUGGUGAUGAAGUGAAUUGUGUGGAGAAGGCUUGAAAAGAUCCUUUUGUUCAGCCUUUGCUAGUUUGUAGAGAAAAUGAGCAUUCAUACACUUUCGUACACAGAAGGAGGGAGGGUCAGAUAUUUUAUGGAUGUCUGGAAGAAUGUAGCUUUCGAAACAGCUAUAUUUUCGCAAUCCUCCAGCAAUUAUUAUUCUCUUAUUUCGUGUAAUCAGUGCUCUAUUACAGGGUGGAUCUGAACAAGGAAAAUACAGGAAGGGCAAAUGCGAACUAACUCUCAUGCCUCUGGUACGCACAUGGGUAAAUGAGUACAUGGCAACUGAGGCUGUAAAUAUAAAAGUGUGACGUCACAGUAUACGAGCAACAGGAUGAUGAGCCAGAAUUGCACAGCGCCCGCUCCAGGGCAGACCGUGCAAAUUGUGCCACAGCAAUUAUCAAGCGGUGGAUUUUCGGGCGGGAAGGUAAAGCUGGUGUCAGUCAUGUUGUCGAUCAUUUUUGCUAUUAUUCUCAUAAUAAGCUUGACAUCUUCGGAUAUGCUGGCACACGGCGUCCUUGGCCUGUUCAUAGUUGCAGCUGUAGUUGGCGUCGUUCUCUUCGCCGGCUACAGAAUAUGCAGACAUUCAGGAGGAACCCCGGGCCGCGUCAUCCAAAGCAGCCCCCUGCAAAUAGUCCCUCAACAGAACACUGGUGUAUUUCAGUACCCUGGUAAUACCCCAACGGCGUAUCAAUUGUCUCCACCGCAGGCCCAAAACAUGGCUCCGGGUUCUCUGUCAGCCACUUACACGUACACACCUUUAAAUUCCUCGACGGCUGGAGGCAACAACUCGUACCCUGGAAGGAAAGACUUCUAUCCCUCGGGCUCUCCGAGGCAGACGCCACCUACAGGAGCGUCUUCGUCGGCUUCCCCAGCCCCUUACCCGGCUGCAAGCGCUCCCUCCCCGAGGUCGGAGUACCAGCCACCGCCUGCGUUUGCGCCUGGGUUCAGCUCCACGCCGUACGCCCAGGCACCUCCCUACGGACACCUACCUGGCGCAGGUCCAACAACGGGGGUGCCCUUUGCUAGCGCCCCCGAAUUCGAUCCUCCACCUCCCUAUGCUCCUCCCCCGUACGAAAAAUAAAGCCAUCAAUGAUAUCUUCAGGAAGCAGAGUUGAAACCUGCUUCUUAACUUAUAUAUUAUGAUAUUUUAAAUGUCUUGAAGUAAUUUUUUUAUAACCAUACUCACGUCCAAAUGUAUAAACACGAGAUUACAGGCUUUUAAAUGCUCCGGGGCAGAUUCUGGUUACCCCUUUCUCAGGGCCCUGUAAUAUUAAGUCAAUUUAGGCGAUCGUUUCUCGUACAAGUAAUACGAUAACAGCCCAAACUUAUACCCGAUCUUAUACUUUGGCCUCAGUUCUAAUCAGUUUUCUUUAACCUCUGAAUAUACCAAUCAGCUAAUAUAAUGAACAAUCAUGGCAGAAAGCAUUCACAUGGUUACAAUGUGGAACAGUCAAACACGAUAUGAAAAUAAUAAAACUUCAAGAAAGUUAUUACAAAGUCUAUGGCACAAAACUUCUCAAACAGUGUGGUACUUACAUGAUGUGCGUAUGUGUAUGUGUGCUUGAGUGUUAAUUACUCUACAUACUAAUUGAUGGUAUAUUCUCUCAUCAAUUUUGAAUCUAAAUGAUUCUCUAUUCCAUUGUGAAUUUCUGUUCUGAUCUUGUAUUGUAUACAAGAUUUAUGCAGAUGAGUUAGGUAAACAUACUUAUGAUCCAAUAGGUAUUAUAAACAUCUGCCUUGUCUCAUUCAAGCUAAUUUCUCUGCGUGUGUGUGUUUUUUUUUUUUUUUUUUUUUUUUUUUUUUAGUG